AUGUCGCUAGCCAUGGCUCGUUCUCAAUAUACUGCGGCUCUUCUCGCCCUAUUCUUGGCUGCCUUUCCCUCCACAACUUUGGCUUCACCUAUAUCACACCUUUAUAGACGCGACAUGGGCACUGGUGCCAAAGCUGGUCUCGGUGUCGGUCUCGCGGUCGCCGCCAUUCUCUUUCUAGGGCUGGUUGCCUUCUUCAUCAUCCACUUCCGCCGCUCUCGACAUCUAGCCGCGGUCAACAAAGAACGCGCCAUCCUCGCGGGCGAGAAGAACCAAGAUGGCUCCGACAAGCCCGAUAAAUUCGCCCCCAACCCGCCCGAGAAGUCGGCAAUGCCUCGACGAAACAAAUCUGUGAAAGACCGACUCAUGGGACCACUGUACCGCGGCAGCACCAUCGACUUAAUGCCCAUCCCUAAAGCCCACUUCAACCCAAACCGAAGCAGCACCGCCACGACACAGACGGCUCACUGGGAUAACAUCGACGGUCAACCUUUCCUACACAAACCCUGGGCUGGCGGCGAGAGCUCCCCUCGGCCUAGCUUCAGCAGCAAGCGAGCGACCAGAAUGAUGAUGAUGAUGUAA